CCGCCCGUCAGCGAACGCCGUCCCGACCCAGCAAUGCGGUGGAGUGUGCAAACUCCGCUGCAUCUCGUUGACCACGCUGGAUCCGCCCGCACAGCACACUUUGGUUUCUUGCGACUACCGACAGUCCGGCUUUAGCGCCGCAGCCAACCCGUUGGCCGCAUCACGCGAGUCGCGGCGAGAUAAGCAUCACAAUUCAACCGCCUUUUGGCGGCUGCAAUCCUACGACUUCCGCCGAGUGCUCGCGGGCGUGAUCUCUCUGCCCGCACUACCCCCGUUCCCUUACGACAUGGCGUCGCGCGGGAAACGUGGCGUCCCGGCGACGCCGCGGGUGAUCUCCCCGAGUCCGACUCCCUCCGAAAGAGACGAGAGCGGCCAAGAACCGUCGUCGUCAUAUUCUGGCCCGACGACACGUUCGGCUGCGCGGAGGCGGCUAGCAGCUACCCCUCAACCUGCUCCGGAGGAGCUCGACGAGGAUGACAGCCCCGACCUCCGACGAGCCAGAACUCGGAGCCGCAGCCCGAUCGAUACGCGCAAGCCGGGCCGGCUAACAUCACGAAGAUCUGAAAACGCGGCCAACGGCGUCAGAACGACGGUGGCGGACACAAAAAAGGCCAACGGCCAACCAAAACCACAAUCACAACAACACCUCCCCGCCAAGAUUGACACCACCAACGGGCACCUCUCCCCGCCGGCGCCCUCGACCGGCCACGGUUGGAGUUGGCGCGACCUGAGCCGCAGCCCGAGCCCGCUCGGGCUGAUCCCGAUCCACCGGCACUGGCGCACGUUCGUGCACAAGCACGAGGUGCCGCGCAAGGCGCUGCACGUCUCGAUCGGCUUCUUCGUCGUGUGGCUGUACCUGUCGGGCACGCAGACGCGCGCCGUGUGCCCCUACCUGAUGGGCGCGCUGGUGCCCAUCGCCGCCGUCGACGUGCUGCGCCACCACUACGCGCCCUUCAACCGCCUGUACGUCAAGGUGCUCGGCGCGCUGAUGCGCGAGAGCGAGUACGCCGGCUACAACGGCGUCAUCUUCUACCUGCUGGGCGCCUGGGCCGUGCUGUAUUUCUUCCCCAAGGACGUGGGCGUCAUGGGCACCCUCCUGCUCAGCUGGUGCGACACGGCCGCGAGCACGUUUGGCCGGCUGUACGGCCGCUACACGCCGCGCAUCCGCCGGGGCAAGUCGCUGGCCGGGUCGUUGGCGGCGUUCAUCGUGGGCGUGGGCACGUCGGCCUUCUUCUGGGGAUGGUUGGCCCCGACGAAGGGCCCGCUCCCGGGGGACGAGCACUUCAUGUUUACCGGAUCGCUGCGCCUGCCUAGCGCGCUGGCCGAUGCGGUCGGCUUGGAGCCGGCGAAGGCCGCCAUCUCGGGCGGGCUUGCUCUGGGGAUUAUGAGUGUGUGGUCCGGCCUGGUGGCGGCGGCCAGCGAGGUGGUGGACAUUUUUGGGUGGGACGACAACCUGACGAUACCUGUUCUGAGCGGGCUUGGGAUUUGGGGGUUCUUGAAGGUGUUUGGCUGACGGUGGUACAAAAAGACGACGGGUGGGACGUGUAUGUCUAUCGGGUGCAUCGACGGCGUUUGGACACGGCGAGAAGAGGACUGGGUGGUACACUGACAGUCAAUAUGGAUCUUAGACAGGACGUCUUGAACCUCGUUUCUUCUCCCCUUCA